CAGCACCAAGGAGGAUGACAAGCUGACCGAGGAGGACACGAAAAGGCAAAGCGCCUCAAAGGGCAAGGAUGUUCACUGCCUUGAUGCGACCCGCGUUGUGCUGAAGACUGAUUUCGGAAACUACACAACGGCCGACGGCGACUACAUCCACGCCAACUGGAUCUCCUAUGAUUACAUGGAGCGCAAAUUCAUCGCUACCCAGGGCCCGAAAGAUAACACCAUCGAAGACUUCUGGCGUAUGGUCUUUCAGGAAAACGCGGUGGCCAUCAUCUCGGUAUGGGACUGUCAAAGACGCCGAACCAAAUUCGCCGAAUAUUUCCCGUCGAAGGCGGGCGAC